AUAGAUUACAGGUAAGAAGAAAUUGUCAAUCAAAACAAAUGGGACAUAACUCCAGUUUAAAAAUAGGUAUUACCUUCAAAAUAAGGAAAUACUUAUGUCCAACAAGACAGUCCAUUUGACCUUAUAUGGAAAAUGUAGCGAUGAUGGUAGUCAGAACUCAGAGUAAGCAAUGCAUGUUUGCUAUCAUUAAUUCCGAGUAGACUAGCUAGUACUGGCAUAACUCUAAAAGGAGAAUCAAAGCCUUUGUGAUGCAUAUACGAGGACACAAAUAUAUAUUUUGAAAUUAAAAAAGUAUGCCUUUCCAUGAAAUUGACGAAGACAUUCCUGCAGUUGUCAUUGACAACGGAUCCGGAAUGGUUAAAGCAGGUUUUUCGGGAGAUGAUGCACCUAAAGUAGUUUUUCCCGCCAUAACUGGUCGCCCUAAAUAUCAGGGUGUCAUGUUAGGAAUAGCAAAAAAAGAUAAUUACGUUGGAGAUGAAGCCAAGAUAAAACGUGGAAUGUUAACUUUAAGUUAUCCUAUAGAACAUGGAAUUGUUACAAAUUGGGACGACAUGGAGACAAUAUGGCAUCAUACAUUUUAUAAUGAACUUAGAGUGGAUCCAGAGGAACACCCUGUUAUGAUGACAGAUGCACCUCUUAAUCCCAAAGCUAACAGGGAACGUAUGAUUCAGAGUAUGUUCGAAACGUUCAACAGUCCUGCUUUUUUCGUCCAAAUUCAGGCAGUUUUAACCCAAAUUGCCUCUGGAACGACAACUGGAAUAGUUAUCGAUGUCGGUGAUGGAGUAUCACAUGUUGUACCUAUGUGGACAGGACAUGUACUAUCACAAGCCAUCAAACGUCUUGGCAGGACGAGAUUUAACCGCUUAUUUACAACGUAUCCUCCACGAGAGAGGUUAUAACUUUGUCACAACAGCUGAUAAUGAAAUUGUCAGGGACAUUAAGGAAAAGCUUUGUUUUACGGCUCUUAAUUUCGAACAGGAACUUGAAGCAUCAGCCAAAUCAUCCUAUUUAGAGAAAUCCUAUGAAUUACCGGAUGGGACUAUGAU